UGGACCGUCAACGCUUUUAAAAUUAAUAUUACCUAUCAUUGGGGAAAUAACGUCAACCAGUCAAACGGACGAAAAUAUCGGACAAUGUUCAAGCCGUUUUACAGAAAGCUCACAGUCAAUGGUACUACAAAGGAAUACGAUGGUGUGCGCCUACGAUAUACAGCUGCGCUACCUAAUUCUACGAGAUUUUAUUCAGAAACAGCGACUUUACGUAUCGGUGAUCUUCCCACAAUCUCAGAGCAAUCGGCAAUUAUAACGAGUAACUCAAAAUCUCGUGUAAAAGCUUGUUUCAACGUUACCGGAAAUCCAAAGCCUUCUCUGAAAAUUGAUCAACAAGCCAACCAAAUCGUCAACAGUUCUGUUGAAUUAGAAGAAAACUGUAUCUACUUCGUGCUUCAAAACGUCAAAGAUGCAGAAAAUGUUACUGUGGCAGCAGAAAACUGUUUUGGACAGUCAAAUGUUACAAUUAGUGUUCCAAAAUUUCAAAGCACUCCAAAUCCUCAAAACGUUAAAUCCAAUACUCCACCUAUUAUUACUUACAAUGCAGUCGGUACCCGCAAACCGUCUGAAUCAUCUGUUUCUUCAUACAUAAUCGGUGCAACGACAAAAAACACUGCAGAAGAAAAUGACAAUAAGACUUCAUCAGGAUUUCCAAUUUGGGCAUCAGCAAUUAUUGCCAUUAUUAGUAUUGCAGCGCUAAUACUUGUUGUCUUUCUCAUCAUAUGUUACGUUAGAAAGAAACGACUAUCAAGAGCAGCAAGUCAAGAAUCAAAGGACGAUGACAUGAUGGAAUCAGAACCAACUGUGUAUGCAAUACCAAUAAAGAAGCGAGCGGUGGUAUCACCUUUCAUUAAAGAGUCUGCAACUGUAACAGCAGAACCGCAGCCAUCAAUGGUCCUAGCAAGCAAGCAUGCAUUAGACUCUUCGCCAACUAACCCACUCGAAUGUCUUCUUUACUCGACUUUGUCUCAAGCUGAGACCAACAUGGUCUCUCAGGUAAUUCCAAUAAGCAAAUAAUUCUAAUGCAUACAAACUAGUUACAAUAGAAUCGUUCUUGAAGCGAAUUUCAGAAACAAAUGUUUGAAUCUCUUGGCAGUAAACAGUAAGCAAAAAAUAGCCACGUUAUGUCUAUUAGACCUCUGCAGUUUAGCUAGUAAGAGUGUGUUGUGCAACAUUACUGUACGCAAGUUAGCAUUCGCAGCUACCUUCUCAUCAUGUAACUGUUUGUUACUAUUCAAGUGAAUUAUCGAUCCUAUUUUAUUUAGGGCGUCAAGCUUGACGAAUCUGAGUUACUUUGCGAAGAAGACGCAAAAGCAAUGUAUGCCACACCAGUAAAGACUAAAACGGCAAAUUCACAGCCGAAAAUCGAGUACGACAAUACAUUAACAGUUAACCAGAUAUCGAGCCAAGAAGGCAACAACGCAGCAAAUCCUCACAUUACUCAUUCAACUGCCCGUUCUCCAAAUACGAGGCACGACGACAGCACCGCAACGUCGUCGACUUUGGAGUAUGCUGAGUUGCAGUUUGGAAACAACACGGUGGGCCCUGCAGUUUCUUCUUCCGCUGCUGUCACGUAUGCUAGCAUAAAAAAAACAUAACUAUGAAGUUUACUCUUGACGAAGACGUUUAGCUAACAAGACUUUUGACUCGGUACUUAAACGAUUAUGCAAAAUUUGCGUAAACUUUGAAAUACAAGUAAAAUUUC